GCGGCCGAGCCGGGGGAAGUGUCACGGUGCGCGCGGCGCCGGGGCCCGGCCGGCCCGCAGUACUCCGAACUCCCUACUAUCGCCCAGAGUCAGACUCCCGGACCCGCCCCGGAAGCCAAGAAGGGGGCGCAGGCCCGGAGGCAGGAAGUCCUGCUGGAGGAGCGCCGGGAACGCGGGCGGCGCUGUUGCCGGUGAGGCCCUGCGUGGUUGUCACGCGUCCCCCCUCGCCCUCCUCCUGCAGGAAUUAAAGCUGGACUCCCACUCAGGACAAACAGACCUAUAAUUCCUGGUGUGAUGAGAGAGUGGGAUUUGCUGUCCUGAAGUCAUUAAGCUUGGGCCCUGGUUCCUCGUCAUGAGAGGAAGAGGGAGAUGGAAGACUUAAAAUCUGAGAAUAAAAAAAGGGUGCUUCCCGCAUGGAUGACAGCCCAGGUGGCUGACAAGAGGACGGUGCAGGUGAAGACCCCCAAGAGGAGGAGAACAGCCAUGGUGCCAGUGGCUGCAGCAAGACUUCCUGCCACGAGGACUGUGUACUGCAUGAAUGAAGCUGAAAUCGUAGACGUUGCUCUGGGGAUCCUGAUUGAGCAGGGCCGAAAACAGGAAAAGCCGUUGGAACAGCUGCCUCUGGCAGGCGCUGAUAAGCCAGAGCAGUCCCCGGCCAGCUCAGCGCCGUCGUCCCCGAGUCCCCGCGGGAGCAGAAGUGAGGACAGCGAGGACGAGGACUGUGGGGAAGACGGCCCUCCUCCGGGGCCUGCGGGUUCUGACUCGGCCUGCGGCAGUGGCCUCGAGGAGGACCAGGACGCGCUAAAAUACGUCAGAGAGAUAUUUUUCAGCUAAGGGACAAACUUCUGGGACUUUCUGCCCAGAGUGGCUGAAGGAAGCAGGGUUUCCCUCUUGGCCUGGGCGCUGCCCUCAGACUGUCACGGCGUCUGCUCGCAGCUUUGCGCCUCUCUGGGCUGCGCAGAUUCACCUUGGGAAGUGAGGAAUCGGAAUGAGCUCCCGUUAGAAAUCCUCCCUGCACUGUGCUCUCUCCUCGCUCAGAGGGUCUGGGAUCCCCACAGUCUGUUGUGUUCAGUUACCUGGUUCCAGGGAGAUGAGGCUGUGGUGGUCAACUUACUGGAACCAAAGAGUCAACUUAAUAAUGUUUAAAGAAAAACAAGUAUGGCUGCUAAGUACACUGGAAUUCCUACUGUUCGGCCUCCCUAAGGACGAAGCCUAUUUCAAAAAUAGCCUCCAUCGCGAGGCAGACGAUCAGCUGUGAGCCCUUGCUCGUCCAGCCCUGAACCAGACAUCCUGCCACAGUGCUGGGCUCCGUCUAGGAGCCUGAGGCUCAGCGUACAGACUGGGAAGCCUCCUGACCAAUCAGGCCUCCUCCCCCUGAGCUGCCACCUUUCUUCCACUUGGUGGCCUCGGCCUUGGUCCCUGGACAGUCGGAAAGCAAGAGUGGGACAGGAACCCAAAGGAGACGCCAAGGACAAGACAUCACACUAGAGUCCGUGUUUCUGCUUCUGUAUUCAGUAUGGCUUUUGACAGGCAUAGGAUGAGGCAAUCACGUGCUGUACGGGUUUUCAAUAUAUAGGUGCUGAAAAAUACACAAAGUUCCCCAGUG